UGUGUGUGUCUUGCUAGACCUUGGUCUGACCCAUCUCUUACGAGAGUAGUCUUCUCUUUGCCGUGUUCCAGUCGAGUCCGCUAAACAUCGGUUGCAUUCCGACAGACAAUGGUGUGAAAGUUUUCGAUUACCUUUGCUAUCUCAUACGUAUUAUAGCAGACGAUAAGAAUUUAUCCAGAAAAUGAAUCCUACCGAGGCAGAGGAAGCAUGGCAACAGGAGAAGGAGUUUCUGGAUUACAUGUUCGUUUCGCUUCGUCACGGCAGUGGUGGAGACGAAAAUGGAGCCGCUGAAUCGAGCCGGAUACGUCGAACUGGGCAGCAACAGCAGGCAUCCAGCAUAUCUUGCAUCACUACGACUGCUAAUAAUACAGACAUUAGCUCCACAACAAACAAGAAUUUGAGUCCUGUCAAACCAGAAGCCGGGUUAGAUCAUUUGGACAACCUGUGCAAGUUGAUGGAACAGCUGGGCGAACUCCGCGAUGCCAACACUCGUCUACAGAAACGAGUCCAUUACCUUGAGGACAUGAAAACCCUUCAAGAGAUGCAUCAAGAGCUGGAUUUGUUCGUAGGAAGUGAUUCAACGGCUUCUACUUCUAUGCACAAAGCGGAUGCUGGAGCUGAUCGAUCAUUGGACAGUCUUGAUAGCAGCGAAACAUUGCCCAUUACACAGGCAGAAUUAUUGGGUAGCAUUCACACUGCUGACAAAUCUACAAAUAAUAGCAGUGAUCAUCCUUCCGGACGUCAGCCACGUUCGCCGGCCGGCAAAAAAAUCAAAAGCAAUCACCACAUGAAAUUUAAAAAACCUGGAACGUUAUUGAAAUACCGUGAACGUAGUAAAUCAGUUGGAUUUGACGAGAACGUCGUUCCACCUAUCACCAGUGAAGAAAAUGAGGUCGAUUAUGAUAAUGCUGUCAAUGCAUCGACUACAUCAACUCCAUCGCCUGACAGUUACAAAUUACCUGGAACUUCCGUGACUCCUCGAGGUCGACCCAAGACCAAAGUGUCCAAAUGGACUAGAGUUAAAGAGGCUUUCCGUUGGGAGAAAGCCCAUGUCGACCAACACCAAGCCAACAGUCCGUCAUGUGCCACUAAAGUUAAUAACAGCCCUUCCAAGCAUCCGGAGAAAGAGGAAGCAGCACUCAGCAGACAGCAAGUCGUUCCUUAUCAACACUCCCUGUCACCGGAAAGUCCCGGUCAUGUUAUGGCCCGUUCUCCUAGUCCCGUCUUCCGGUUAGGACGCAGAAGGAGGUCCACAACGUCACGGGGGACAUCCACAUCUUCGUCAUCACUUUCCGAGUGUCCACUCGAAUCGGAAAUCCUCAAGUCAUUCGCCGAUGCCCAGGAACUUCCUCUUUUCCAUCUCGAAAAGAGGCCGUCUAGUCCCGAAGUGAAUAAACUUCUAACAGAGGGCAGCGAAGAGGAAUCUGGCGGAGUGCUGGAUUUGCAACGUGGCUACGUGCUUUCCUUGCCGCAGAUGAAACGAUUGCAUCGGCAGAGCACAGUCAGUUGCGACGGCAAUUUCGCCACUUCGUCACCCAGCGUGAAUAUUGCCCAGCUGCCAGAACGAAUCCCUGAAUCACAAAUACCUCCGUCUGAAAUUCCAUCGGAUCCGAUCAGGAUGAAAGGGCCCGAAUCGCCGAACAGGCGGAAAACUAGUAAAACUUGCAACACCUUGAUGACGACAUCAUCCGACCAGCAGGAACUCGUCCAAAUCCAGGCCGGCGUUGUUGAAAGCACGGACGAAAAUGUUGGAUCGUUCAUCUCAAAUUUACGCAGUCAGUUGAAACCUAUCAACGAAUGGACGUCUAAAUGGCAUUGCGACCUCAUGAAGAAUAGCUCGGCUUUACCCACCUCGCCUGGUGCCGUUAGUCAUGUCGAAACGAGUUCCAGGAGUUCUCUUUCUGUACCUUCUACGCCGAAUCAGCAUCAAGCAUUCACCUUUGACGAAUUUCCUGAAGCUGGACUGGAGCUCGGAGCGGUCAGUAGAGAAAACAGCCCUGGCGGAAAGAAGAAUGUCGAUCUUGAAACGGCAAUGAUGUCAACGCUUAUGAACAGCAAUACAAUCAAAAACAAUCCUGGCUUAUUAUUAAAUAGUAUUUCACCUGAAUUCAGAAAGAAAGUCGAAGUUUGGGAACGGCUGAAAUCCGGAUUAUCUCCAGCGCCGGCUGCAUUCGAUUCCGGGGCUUUAGCGACCCCACCAACUCCGACAACGCCUCAUCAAAUCCAACAACAAGGUGCCAAAAAAUCAGCAGAAAGUCCUGAUUGGAGCGAUAUUGGCAAACGCAGGAGCGAACCGGACAAAUUGCCACCUGCAUUCAAAAAGAAAUUAGCCGAAUGGGAAAUUCGUAAAGCGGUGGCUGGAAAAUCAGAUCAGAACGUCGAGGAAUUGCACAAGAUUUUACCACAUGAUUUCAAUAGAAAACUUCAAGAAUGGGAGCGAAUGAAACAGCAACAAGCGGCUGCUGGAAAAAUGUCCGUUGUUGCUGGAAAUCAAUCGGGACUGGAACGCCAAGGCUCUGGUAAACACAAUCAUCACAGUCGGGGCAAACAAGUGAAAUCGGCUCAGAAGACGGAAGAUGUACAACAACAUCGUGGCGAGAAGCAAAAAGAAAAGGAUCUUCAAUGGCUGGAAAAAGAAUUACAAAAGAUUGAGCGCGAAAAAUUACGACUGGAACGCGAACGAGAAAAAUACAUUGAAAGAGAAUCUAGAUUGGAGAAAAUCCGAGAAGCCAUGAAGCAGCCGGGCCAUGGACCUCAGCGUGAAAUCUGCAUCCGGACGUCGACGGGCGAAUUCCGUUUCCAGGGACUGUCGCGAAAAUUCACCAAAAAACUUUUCCAGUGGGAGGAGCAGAAAGGCAUCCGUCCGGAAGCCAGUACGAUUGCUUUAUUGGACGGCGCUUUCAGUCCCAGCCGGCCUCAUCAUCAUUUACACCAUCAUCAUCCGUCAGCGGGCGAAUUCAGUUCCAGUAUCUCUGCAAGGCCGACCAACUUGUCGGCGAUCUCACGAUCGAAAUCUGAGAGCAGCGUUGCCGAUCUGGUCAGUGCAAGCGUUCACAGCCAGCCGUCCAGCUUGUCUCUCAACGACGCCGAAACAACCGCCGAUUUUGACCGUCGAUUGGCCGCUGAUCAAGAUGAAGGCGCUCAAACGACACCCGGACCGGGAGCCCUCCUCGUUGAAGUUGAGGACGUGACGGAAGACUGCGCAACUGUCGUCGACAUACCGGAAGUUCAGCCGCAAGCCCCUAUCUACAGCAUUGCUCCAGCAGAGCUCCGCCAAACAAUACAGAGCGAACAAGACGAACAGCCAAGGUUUCAGGUGGGGAUAACCGGUCCGGCAAGGGUGGAACGCAACGACUCCGUAAGGACUGAAGCCAGCUUCAAGUUGCUAGAAGAAAAUUUGUCACUUUUGGACAGACUCAGAGCUAAAGGUGAAAUUGUCAAAUACCUGGAAUUACAGAUGACUUCCAUCGACGGGGAUAUGGCUGGUGUGGCAAACACGCAAACUGAGGAAAUGGUUCGGCUUAAAGAGGAAGAAACUUGCCUUUCCGAUCAAGAAGAGAACAACUCAGUUGCGGGAAAUACGUCUACCGUUGAUCGCUUGAAAAGGCGUAUUGUCUUACUUGAAAGCCGUGGUCAGCAACUGAAAUCGGAGAAAGAACAUCUCCAGGCGGUAUAUCAAAAGCAAUGUAGCCAGCAAGUGCACUUAGUCCAGCAUUUAGUUGGCAAAAUGCAACAAUUGCGUGACAUUGGCAACGUUUCUGGUAGCACUCCCCCACCGUUUGAUCCGGAGGCCCUCCAGCGGCUGGACACGCUCACAACUGAAAUUCUUCAAGAAGCACAGACUUUGGAAAAUUCCAUGAGGCAUUCUCAAAGGCUUCCAACAGCGUGUGGAGACCAUGGAGGGAUCACUAGACAAACAUCUUCUGCCGUUAGAUUUCCAGAGCAACUAAGCAUUAAAGCCAAUCAACUCAAGGAGGAAUACGAACGUCUGCGUUCUUUUGAUUCGGACUUGGAGACGAAUUCGGAUGAAGAGCCAGAAGCGACUCCAACUCCUCAAGUACUACUGCCCCAAUUACCGCCAGUUCCUUCAGAAAUGAGUAGUGCAGCCCGUAAGAAAGUCUUUGUCGAGACGCAUCGCUUGGUUUUCGCUCCUUUAGAGACGAAUGUCACCGAUCCUGUGCCCAGCUUCCAGGCCACUGUCGGAGAAAAUGAGGCUGAAGAUGGCGAAGUGGCUCCAUGGCGACGGAAUCGCAACGCAAGAGAUCAGGCCAACGAUGCCGCACAGACAUGGAGAAUGAAUUCGUUGACGACAACCCCAACUGAGGAGUCUCCAUCCGAUCAAUGCCGUCCGAUGACGGUCGCAACGGUCCGCAACACUGCCCCAAACAUUCGACGGAUGAUUGAUAAAUAUCACCAACGAGUCACCGCUUCAGGCAAGGAUCGUUCAGCUCCAACGUUUCAACUCCGUUCAAGAUGUGAUUUGCUGGCUGACGAGCGUUCCAGUUCAUCAACACCUCCGCCUACGAUUUUUAUAGAAAAUAAAGGCCCCGGUUCGCCUCCUACACCAGCAACUGAUAGCCCAUUACCAUUCGAACAUGCUGGACAACUUCAUCCCAAUUGCAUGGUGCAACUGAGCAAAUCGCUGAGUGCAGGAGCUAUGAACCCGACUGAAAAUCAACGAACAGGGCCUUCAAGCUCUUCUAGCUGGAAGGGGAGUGGAGUGUUGCGUUCGCAAAGUGGACUCCAGUUGCCCAGUGGUCAGGUCGCCCCUUGCGUCCGCAAUCCCAGCUUUUUCCGCAAGUCCCCACUCGAUCCGUCCAUAGACGACCUGCUGCAAAAGUAUCGAUGUAGAAGACAGGUUGGCGUGCCGGCCGAGUUGCCCAAGAGUCCCACAUCCAAUCCGGAGCGGAUGCUCAAACUGAAACAAGCUCGUGAAGCCUUUCUCACUGUUGGUCCAGGAGCCAUUCAGUCAUCGGAAUUGCGCCAAUCCGAAGAACGUGCCCAAUCAACAGUCGAAGAAGAGCCACAGUCCAUCUCCUCAACUCCAGGCAUAGUUGUUCAAGAUAUUACCUUUGAUGAAUGUGCAGAACAACCAGACACCAGGAGCUGUAGGUCGCAAGAAGGAAGCGUCGUUAUGACUGGGGCCGCCCGGCCUGUUGUUGGAAGCAGCGUGCCUUCCUCCCCUGCCCCUUCUCGGCGAUCUAGUAAUAACGAUAAUUGCCGUUCGCGAGAUGAAAGUCCUCAUCAAAAUCCGGUAGGCCGGCGCAGCUGGUUAAAACAGCCCUCCAAAUUUUUCUUCUCCAAAACCCCCAAAACCCCAUAAAAUUAUUUCUAUAAAUUAAACAAAGAACACAACCUUGAUGCCCUAGACUUGCCCAUACAUACUAUAUAUGAAAUAUGCAUAAAGUUGGCAGACAUCAACGUUCCCACGGUCCUAAUUAAAGCGUUUUCGUUUGUUCACAGUGCCAACAAGAGAGAAUGGUUGUUUCCGUUUGUUUCAUGAUUGCUUUGUUUCAUUCAGCUUGAUGAACAAUCGAAUUACACACUUGUAUGAAUAUGA